AAUUCUCCAAAAGUUGUCCCUUCAAAAAAAAAAACACUAUACUACCAUGAAGCCGAUCAAAUUAUUGAUCCUCCUCCUCCUCGUGGCGGCCGCGGCCACCAUGAGCGAGGCCCACAACAUCACCCGCAUCCUCGGGUCCCACCCCUCCCUCUCCACCUUCAACCACUACCUCUCCGUCACCCGCCUCGCCGACGAGAUCAACCGCCGCGUCACGAUCACCGUGUGCGCCGUGGACAACGCCGCCAUGUCCUCCCUCCUCUCCCACCAAUACCCCCUCCCCACCCUCAAAAACAUCCUCUCCCUCCACGUCUUCGCCGACUACUUCGGCUCCAAAAAGCUCCACCAAAUCACCAAGGGCUCCACCACCACCUCCACCCUCUUCCAAGCCUCCGGCGAGGCCGCCGGCACCUCCGGCUACGUCAACAUCACCAAUUUCAAAGGCGGAAAGGUCGGAUUCACCCCCGUUGACUCCGAUGUUGACCCUCCCAUGGCCACAUUCCUCAAAUCCAUCCACGAAUCGCCCUACAACAUCUCCGUCAUCCAAAUCACCAACGUCCUCACCUCGCCGGAGGCCGAGGCCCCCGUCUCCGCCCCCACCGAUCUCAACCUCCUCUCUCUCCUCGCCAAGCAAGGCUGCAAAUCCUUCUCCGAUCUCGUCGCCGGCGCCGGCGACGGCGUCGCCGACGUCUUCACGGAGUCGGUCGAGGCCGGCCUCACCGUGUUCUGCCCCUCCGACGCGGCGAUCAAGUCGUUCUCGCCGGCGUACAAAAACCUCACCGCCGCCGGAAAAAACUCGCUGCUGCUGUACCACGGCGUGCCGGAGUACAAUUCGCUGGGGAUGCUGCGGGUGAGCAACGGACUGAUGCGGACGCUGGCGACGGAGGGGGCGAAGAAGUUCGAUUUCACGGUGGCGAACGACGGCGACGAGGUGAGGCUGAAGACGGGGGUGGUGACGGCGACGAUUAAGGGGACGGUGAUUGACGAAGAUCCGCUCGCGAUUUUCAAAAUUGAUAAGGUUUUGCUGCCUACGGAGCUGUUUAAGGCGGAUCCGACUGCGAAGGCGGAGUCGGCGGAGGCGCCGGGGCCGGCUGGGGAGGAUGAAGCGCCGGCGGAUGAGGAUUCAAAUGGCGGCGGUUUCACGGUUGCGCGCGGUGGCGGGAUCGUGGCGCUGAGUGUUGCUUUUGUUUUUGGGGUUUUAUUUGUUUGAAAAUUUUAAUUUAAUUUUAAAUUUUUGAGAAAAAUAGAUUUGUUUUGAAUAAAAGUUUUUUUUUUUGCUACUGUAAAAAUUUGUAAUUUUAUUGGCUUAUUCGGUGUGUGUGUUUUGAUAUUGGAUUUAUACAGUAGUAAUUUUUAUUUUUUUUUAAACAUAAAUUUGCUCAAUUAUGCAUGCUUGUCUUCAUGAAUGAAUACAGAUUACUUGAGAGC